AUGGCCAAUGCAGAGAUUGUCCUUUUCAGAUGGACCGAUGCUCAAGAUGUCGAACUUGAACAAUACCAAGGAGCCGGUUAUAACGGAAUGCCCAUUCUCCUUGACAAUGCUGUUUGGAAAAUCAAAAGCGAAGAGCUAGAUUCACAAGGAAAAAUUAACUUGGUGGUCGAGAAGAAUACUGCUGACGCUUGCGAUUCUUGCAUGGAUCCAGCGACGAAAGGUUCUCUUAUAUGGGCACACGGAACAGUCUCGAAUGGAGUGCCAAGUUACCAUUCCGGCCGAGGAUUUGUGGCCGAUGUAACACCGAACGCCGGCUACGGGAAAAAACUGACGAUUCCACCAUCUGAUCAUACAGAUGACCAUGGUGAUCAUAGCGACCCUGACCACUCUCAUGACGACGAUCAACAUGCGGACGAUCCCCAGGAUGAUCAACAUGCGCAUGAUCACCAAGAUGAUCAACAGUCGGACGAUCACCAGGGAGAUCAGCAUGCGGAUGAUCAUGAUGAUGACCAGCAUUCAGAUGAUGACGGCCACUCUCACGGUCCAGGGGGAUCAGCAGCUGCUUUAGGAGCUGCUGCUUCUACAUGGUUAGCAACCUUGUUUUUCUCUCUAUGA